GGAAAGCAGUUGUUCUUUUCAGCAGAAUAUGGUGAGGAUGAUGGUGAAGAUGGCUGUGCUCUCCACCAUCUCUCUGCUCCUGGUCUGCUGCUCUGUCUUUGCUUCCGAAGAGAAAUGCAACCACAAUGUUGAAGAGGGUGGUACCAUUGAGGUGCCUCUGGACUACUCAAUGCAAAACAUACAUAAACUGGAAUGGAUGUACAACGAUGUUAAAAUCUACAAUGGACCAAAUGACAAAGAUGGAAAAAGGAAAACUACCCUGGAUGACAAACAGCGUCAGGGUAAAGUUUAUGAAAAUGGAUCCCUGAAGAUGGAAAAGCUGAUGAAAAGUCACAAAGGGACAUACAAGGCCAAUUAUUACGACAAUAAAGGGAAACUAAUUGGUGCCAAGGUGGCAAAAGUGUGUGUAUUCGACCUCGUCCCUAAGCCCACAGUGAAGAUUGAUUGUUCCUCAUCACCAGCCAAAUUUACCUGCAGCGCUAAGCAGAUCGAGAAGUUCAACAUCGAAUGGCUUAAGAAUAAAGAUGUGUUAAAGAAUGAGAAAAAAGCAACUCUUACACAAAAAGCUGAGCCGGUGAAAAACGGUGAAUUAACAUGCAGAAUUUACAAUGAAGCCAAAUCUAUGACCAGUGAGCCUGUAACACUAAACUGCAAUAAGGCCGGUGGGUAUCAGUCUGGCUAUACAUUUCCUGAAAAAAUAUGGGGAAUAAAUAGCUGGAUUAUUGUGGGCUGCGGAGCAGGUAUUGUCGUACUGCUGAUUGUCAUGGUCGUUGCUUGUUUCAUCCGGGCCAAAGUGAAAAAUCGCAUGCGGCAAAAGGAUGAGGAGGAACUUCGUCUGGAUUGGGCCAAUCCUGAGCAACAACAAUACCAGCAUCCCCAACAACAACAACAACAACAACAACACUGUCAGCCUCCUGGUCGACAGCCUCAUCAGCAACGCCAGCCACAGCAGGCCGGCCACACCGGCCCUCGCCAGCACCGCUCCAAACAGCACCGCGAGCAGCGUCUCAGAGCCCCCGAGUCCGACAACGCUAACCCUCAGCCCAGCCCGAGAAGAGCUGCACAGGUUCAGGCCCACAGACCCGCUGUUAAUGACGAUGAGGAGCAACCUCCUCCUCUUCCUCAGCCCAGGAAAACAGCCAGAACACCAAGAGUGUGACACCACGAGGGUGCCGCAGUUUAGAAAACAUAAACCUUCUGUCUUUCCCCAUUCACUUUUUCUCCACUGAUGUUUCCGUUCCUCUGAAGAAGAAGUCAGGCAGAGUUCAGUCACUUGAUGAGGAAACUUUCAUCAGGAUGUGGUGACAAUCAUGUUGAACAAACAGAUAGAUGUUAUCAGCUGGUGUAUAAUUAGCAAAAUCAAAUAUGCUGAAUUCAAACUAUGAGUCUUCAUAGGCUUUGACUUUUACGAUAAGGUGAUCUUCAAAAUGCAGUGUCUGUCCUUUGGUUUCAUAGCUAUUAUAAGACCAGACCUGAAGACAAGAUACCAAGAUAUCAAACUAGCUAUUUUCCUCUUUUCCUCUUUCAUUUUAGGUCUAUUCUAUGCUUGUCUGUUUCUCUCAUGGAUGAGAGGGAAACAGAUGAGCCCAUUACUGCACAAUAUGUCUCAAACUAUUAUCCAGAGUGAUCCUCGUAUCAGUUUUAUCAUGUCAUCUUGACUUAUACAGUUGCCAGUUUAUUAGUACACCUACCUAUAACUAACACUGAGAGGUAUUUCUGUUACAACCUACCUUCACUGAUACAAACAGGAUGGACAGAAUAAGAGAAACACCUCUUUAUACAUAAUGUUUUUCCACCAGCCCCACAGAGCUGUGGCACGCGCAGCCAUGUUGAGCUGCUCCUGAGUCAGCGCAGUUGUGUUUCCAUUGCACCAUAAAACAUAUUAUCUUCUGCAUCUUGCUCAGACGGGGGUGGUGCGAGCUGCUGAGUAUCGGUGUGGUGUUACUAGCUUGCAACAUGGAUCCCUUGGUGCUAGGUGUUAUUUUAACCCCUCAGCCAAAGACCAAUGAAUAGACUCCAUUUUCAAAUAAUGCUGCAAAGAUAAAAAGUGAAUGCCAAAUGUGUAAGGACUUUUUCUUUGGCACAACAUUUCUUUCCUCCUUCUUUUGUUGUUCCUCCUUCAUGAAGGAGGGUUUAUUGCAACACUGUUGGAUUAGACUGACUUAGUUUUAGCUUGGUGUACCUAAUAAACUGACAGCUGAGUGUUGAAGUCAAAUACCAGAAAGAAAGACAAGUGAAUAUCUCAGGAAGACGAGCUUGACUCUAAGUUGACUCUGUUCAGCAUGGAAGCAGAAUUAAAAAUGAUGAGCUGUUCCAUCAAUGGAGGGACAUAGUGAGAUUCCCAGAAGCUCCUGGUUAUUGGCCAGUCCUCACCCUAACCCUGGGUGAACGUGGUUUUAUGCCUGAUUUUAUUUGCUUUUCAUAGUUUUUAUUGGGGGUUCUAAUCUGGUUUCUUCUGGUUUUACGUUUGAGUCCUAACCCGCCCCGUGGUGGAUAGAUACAUUGUUUAAUCCUCCAGAUACACAUGAAGCACGCGCCCCAACCAUUGUCCUCAUGUACCAGAACAAUCAGUGACCUAAAGCUCACUAAUUAACAUACACUCACAGGCCACUUUAUUAGGUACAGCUGUACAAUUGUAUGCAUUUCA